AUGGCCGAGCGACUCCUCAUGAAGGAAUUUCGUGAGCUAUCAGGAGCGAGCUGGGUUCACGUUGAGCUUGUCAGAAACAACAUCUUCGAGUGGGAUAUCGGCUUACCAGUGCUCAACAAAACCUCCAUGUACUACGGCGCGUAUCUCAAGGCUCAUAUGACCUUUCCCCGAGACUAUCCCUACAAUCCUCCCGUCUUCCGCUUUUUGUUUCCUAUCCUACAUCCAAACAUCUACUCAGCCGGAUGGGUGUGUAUCUCUAUUUUGCACCCCCCUGGCGACGACGAGAUGUCUGGAGAGGAUGCCGCUGAGCGUUGGUCGCCUGCUCAAUGUGUUGAGUCCAUCCUGGUCUCCAUUCUUUCCCUCCUUGACGACGCCGAAUGCUACUCCCCAGCCAACGUCGAUGCGGCCCUCCUCUUUCGCUUUGAGAAGGAAAAGUAUCUGGGAAUCGUCCGCGGUCAGGUAAAAGCCAGCAUGGGUCACCGUCCUGCUGGUUUUAAGAUGCCAAGCGAUGAGCCAGUCGCACAGUCGAAUGAGCAACCGGAGGAUCUGCCGGAGGAAGAAGACUUCUGGGCCGCCUCCGAGGUUGACAGUGAUGUAUUCGACGAUGUGGACCAGGAGGAAGAGCAGGAAGAAAGUAACCCCACUGAAGAUCGUUAG